AUGACUGGACCGUUGAAGUCGCUGUUUCCGCAGUUUGCGUCCUUCAUCUUGAUCAUUCUGGGAGUUUUGUGCUCAACGGAAGCCGGCGUCGUGCUUGUUUUACCCAAUCACACGUCGAGAACCUUGAACCUCAGUUCACGAGAGGACCUGAGGGUUUCUUACACGGUUCACGUCGAGAAGCGCACUUGGGAGGAAGCUAAGCAAAAGUGCAUCGAGGAUGGAACUCGCUUGGCUGUAAUCGAUAGCUACGACAAAGCCAGUCGCAUUGGAGAAAUUAAACCAUUCGAUUGCCAGGUGUGGGUCGGCAUAAGGAGGUCGAGCCCAUCGGCGCCAUGGACCCAGGCGCACGACGGAUCGCUGGUAACCAAGGUUCCAUGGGCACCGACGCAACCCAGCGGCGAUCACAACUGCCUUACAGUCCAAGGGUGCAAUCGAGGAUUGGGUGACGAGGACUGCACGACUCGAAAGGGGUUCGUAUGUGAAAAGCUGGAGGCAAAUUUCUCGAUUUCUGGUUCAACGUCGCUGGAAGAAGUCUGUCAGCUAAUCGCACCCACGACUUCGAUCGAAAAACCAAUCGCGUCCAUUCCGGAAGGCUAUGCGCAAAUUCUCAACUCCAGCGUGGCCUACAAACUCUACAAGUCAAAUGCAACGUGGGUAGAAGCAAAAGAACUUUGCGAGAGAGACGGUGCUCGUUUGGCAGUGGCUGAGGACGUAGAAGUAUUGAAGCGAUUGAUAGGAAUUAAUCCCAUCACGGUAUCAGUUGGCAUUUAUAGGGCAUUCGACGAAUGGGUCAGUAUUCGUGACGGAUCAAUCUUAAAUAACUUACCAUGGUUCAAGAAUGAACCUCGCACAAGCUUUAAUUGCGUCAUGAUAGGUGGAAAGGAUGGGUCACUGGAAAGUAAACGUUGCCAGGUCUCGAAAAGACAUUACGCCUGCGAAGUUUCGCUUCCUCAAAAAUAA